UUGCAAGAUGGCGGAAGAGGCUCCUGCUUCUUCCUCCCCUCAGCGCGGCGACCGGUACUGCCUGGUGAGCUUCAUUCCAGCCCAGCUUCGCUCCGCCGACCUCCGCUCCUACUUCAGCCAGUUCAUCGAAGCCGGCGGCUUCCUUUGCUUCCACUAUCGGCAUCGCCCUGAACGGGAAGAGUUGCCGGACGGCCCUUCGAGGCCAGGAAGACGGACCUGCUGCUGCCUGGUGGCGGUGAGGCCCGGGUGGUCUCUCCGCUUGGUCCAGAUGUACUCAGGCAAACGGUGGAUCGACUCGCAGGGGGAGACGCUGCCUGGGCGGUGCGUCGUACGAAGAGUCCGGAUUUCCCCAGAUAGAGAAUCUGGCAUAUUUUGUUAUAAAACCAAAAAGGAGCUCGAUACAAUAUCAAGAGAAACUUUCACCCAGGAUGACUUCGAACGGCUCCCUGAAUUGAACCCUCCUGCAGUAAUGCCUCAUGGGAAUGUGGGAACUCCGUUGCAAGUCUUCUUGGAGCUUAUCAGAUCCUGCCGGAUGCCCACCCGUGUAAUUAAAAAGCUGCAGUUGCAGUUCCCUAAAUCUGGCUCUUCUCGCAGGUAUGGGAAUGUACCAUUUUCAUAUGAGGGAACUGAUAUUAUUGAAGAGGAGCGAGUUUACACAGCUACAGGAGAAGAAAUAACAGGAGACCACUUGCCAACAGUAGAGACAGUGAAUCAAGAUAAUACAGAAGAGAGAGACCAGGAAGAUCCAGAAAAGAAAGAAACAGAUGACUCUGAACUGGACUGCGAGGAUGAUGAUAGAUGUGAAGAGUGGGAACGGCAUGAGGCCCUGCAUGAAGACGUCACCAGCCAGGAGCGCACAAAGGAACGUUUGUAUGAGGAGGAAAUUGAGCUGAAGUGGGAGAAAGGAGGCUCGGGGUUGGUGUUCUACACAGAUGCACAGUAUUGGCAAGAAGAUGGAGCAGAUUUCGAUGAACAGACAGCUGAUGACUGGGAUGUUGACAUGAGUAUCUACUAUGAAAAAGAUGGCGGUGACAAGGAUGCUCAAGAUUUGGUACAGAUACGGUUUGAACAGAGACUUCGGGAUGGUGUAGAAGAUGGAUCUGUCCUAGGUCAACAAACUGGGAACUUUGAAAAAUAUACCAAGGGCAUUGGCCGAAAAGUGAUGGAAAGACAGGGCUGGACUGAGGGCCUUGGCUUGGGAAGCAGCAGUUCAGGGAUGGCAGAAGCCCUGGACAAUGAGGGCCAGAAUCCCAAAUGCAAGAGGGGCCUAGGGUAUCAUGGUGAGAAACUCCAGACUUUCACCAAACUCAAGAAGCCAUGUAGGGACGGCUGCGGCCUCAUUUCUACCAUCUAUGAUGACCCACAUCCUGUGGACUCAGAAGAUCACCUUCUCCGGCGCCAGCUGCCAAUCAGUAUGAAGUACCGACAAGAGGUGGUCUUUGUCCAUGCCAGGCAUGGCAUUCAGGAGGACUCCAGUUCUUCAUGAAGGACAUGCCAGCAAGAAAGGACUUUCAGACUGUGCCUGCUUUUGCAAUGGCAACAGUUUUUCUUCACAUUAUUUUUAUUAUUACUGUAUAUUAUUUAACAAAACAUGUACUACAGCCAAGCCAGAUCAUGUUUUAAUCAUUUGUAUUAAAA